UAAGACCGAACACGCGUGCCUUCGACGGAUUUUCGGGAUUGGAACAGUGACCUCGCGACGGGCACACGUUUUCCUCGUCGUGGUCACUGAUCGGUGGUGGUAGUUCUCUCCCAGGGGAUACUGGCGACGGUGUGAAACCCAACGAGAGAGAAGUGACAGUCCAGAUAGAGCGGCGGGCACAAAGAACGUCUCAGUCGGCGCUGAGCCAUUGCCUCAGCAAGUCUCACCAACAAGUUGGAGAUCUAGUUCCGAGAGUUGAGCCCCGUGUUCGACCAUGGAACUCCACGGAGGACGCGCGUUGAUCGUCCUCGCGACCAUCAUCGCGUCCACGGGCAUCGAAGCCAUACGCGUCACGCAGGCCGCCGGCAGGAGGAACGAUGCAGCAGUCGACCAGACACCAGCGUCUUCUUUCUGGACUCCCACUCUCAAGACGGGGAACGUGUUCACCGACGACACGAACUUUUUCCCCUCGAGCCACGGCCUGGUUCAAACCCAUCCGAAUGCUAAUGUAUUCCGAAGCGGUUUCGGUGGGAUUGAUAACCUAGGCAGCAGAGGAGCGACUGUCAGACCACCGAGAAUGAGACCUCUGGACUACAGCGAACGUGCCACCGCCGAAUUGCGACGAAAUCCUGCGCUUUCGUCGCCAGACGAGUGCGCCAGGGCCUGUCGCGAGAACGAACCUCCAAGGAUAUGCUACUAUCACUUCACUCUUGAAUAUUACACCGUGCUCGGAGCAGCCUGUCAAAUCUGCACCCCCAAUGCAACGAACGUCGUCUGGAGCGACUGUCAGUGUGUCUUGGCUGACGGUGUGGAAAGAGGUAUCCUGACAGUGAACAGAAUGGUUCCAGGACCUAGCAUUCAAGUCUGCCAGGGUGACAAGGUCGUGAUCGAUGUCGAGAACCACAUCGAGGGAAUGGAAGUAACCCUCCACUGGCACGGUAUCUGGCAAAGAGGAACCCAGUACUACGACGGUGUGCCAUUUGUCACGCAGUGUCCCAUUCAAGAGGGUAGCACGUUCAGGUAUCAAUGGAUGGCUUCGAACGAAGGCACACAUUUCUGGCACGCUCACACCGGUCUGCAGAAAAUAGACGGUCUUUAUGGUAGCAUCGUAGUACGUCAACCGCCUAGCAAGGACCCUAACAGCCAUCUUUACGACUACGACUUGACUACUCACGUCGUUCUGCUCAGCGAUUGGUUCCACGAGGUUGCGGCCGAACGUUUCCCUGGUCGUCUCGCUGUUAACACCGGACAGGCACCUGAAAGUGUCUUGAUCAACGGAAAAGGACAAUUUAGGGAUCCCAACACCGGUUUCAUGACGAACACACCUCUGGAGGUCUUCACCAUAACUCCCGGUCGUCGUUAUCGUUUUCGAAUGAUCAAUUCUUUCGGAUCGGUCUGUCCAACUCAGAUUACAAUCGAAAGUCACACUCUAACCGUGAUCGCCACGGACGGCGAGGUGGUGCAGCCAGUCAACGUGGACACCAUCAUCUCGUUCUCCGGCGAACGAUACGACUUCGUUUUAAACGCGGAUCAACAGGUCGGAGCGUAUUGGAUUCAAGUCCGCGCGCUCGGCGAGUGCGGUAUUCCCCGUGCGCAACAAUUAGCCAUAGUGCGUUACGCCCGCGGCCCGUACCAACCGGCUACCACGCCGCCAACUUACGACUUCGGACUUCCCCAGGGCGUCGUCUUGAAUCCUCUGGACGCCAUAUGCGGCCGUCCUCGAGAGGACGCCGUUUGCGUGAACCAGUUGAAGAAUGCCCGCCAGGUCGACCAAGGACUUCUCCAGCAGCGUCCAGACGUGAAAAUAUUCCUGCCAUUCCGUUUCCUGUUCUACAGGCCAGAAGAAGUCUUCCAGCCGCAGACGUAUAAUCGAUUCUUGGUGGCACCGACCGGAGAUCACGUAAUUUCUCUCGUCGAUGAAAUCUCGUUCACGUUUCCGCCGGCGCCUCCGCUUUCGCAAAUCGACGACAUCCCGCCUGAACAGUUCUGCAACGGGGACAACAGGCCUGCCGACUGCGGUGCCAAUUGCAUGUGCACCCACCAGGUUGAUAUCCCGCACAACGCGGUCGUCGAAGUGGUCCUCGUCGACGAAGUACAACAACCGAAUUUGUCACAUCCCUUCCAUUUGCACGGCUACGCGUUCAACGUGAUCGGUAUCGGUCGCUCGCCCGACAAGAACGUGAAGAAGAUUAAUCUGAAGCACGCGCUGGAUCUGGAUAAGAGGGGUCUCCUCAAUCGACAGUUCAAUUUGCCACCCGGCAAGGACACCAUCGCCGUCCCGAACAACGGCUACGUAAUUUUCCGAUUCCGCGCAGACAAUCCAGGAUACUGGCUGUUCCACUGUCACUUCCUCUUCCACAUACUCGUCGGUAUGAACUUGAUCCUGCACGUGGGUACGCACGCGGAUCUGCCACCAGUGCCACCAAACUUCCCCAGAUGCGGGGACCACUUGCCCCCCAUCACGCCGCCGUCGCUGUCGUUGGACUCGUUUCACUGAUCGUUCCUAGAUGGAUGCUCAGCGAUCGAAGGCAGUCCAAAGCAUACACGAUGUUUUUAGCGUAUUCCUGUAAAUUAGUCAGUAUGCUGUGUAGCGAAUCGUCGUAGAGCGUUUACGCGAAGAUGAGACCUAGCCGUGGUCCCCAAAAUGUGCAAUGCGCAAACGAAAAGGUAAACAAGCCAGGCGAAAAGAAGUCGAGAGAAUACACGCCGUUUUUUGGCGUAGCAACGACGGUCGUUCCGCAGACGGCGACGACCACGCAUUGCCAAGAGUCGAUAUUUAUUAUGUCCUGGAUCAACUCUAUUCCGAUCAGAAGACUUCGACUAGUCUCCGCGAGACUUGACGAGGGUUUGGACGCGCGAAUGUUACUAACCAUUGUAACUCUGUACAUAAUGUAGAAAUAGUCGUUUAAUGAGACAAUAACGCGGAAGCAUUGUUGGGGUGUAGGCAGAGAUACAGCUUGAUCGUAUAAUCGAGAUUGUAACGUGAACGAGUCACGAGUUGUUUAUUUUUAUCCGAAAUAAUGUACCUAGACGAGAAUUCUGUCCAUCUCUGGGUAAAAGUAGCGCUCAAGGAGGAAUCUGCGAGACAAUACACGCCAAGAGACCUUUCACUGGUGAGUUGGUCGAUCGGCGAUCAUUAGGGAAACGCUGUUUAAGGAAACUCGAUCCGUUCGAUCCAGAUGAUCGCGGCUGGUCCCUGAAACGAGACAGCGCGAUAUAAGCAAGAAGCUUCGCUGGAUCGCGUCCAGGUUCCUAAAGUGGCCGUAGUUAGGGAGGAAAUUCGUGCCCGUAACUGGUGCACGCGGCUUUCGUUCUUGUCCUUGUCAGCCUUUUUCAAGUAGUUCAAUUAGGGUAACCGUAGCCAUUGCCUAAUAAGUGUAAAGUGGAAUAAAAAAUGAGGAAAAAUGCAAAAAAUAUCCGUAGAAUUUAGCGUCAAGGAAGACGGGAGAAGCCUCAGUGGCGCGACCGGAAAGGAGCUCCUUACAGAAUUUAAAAAUUAUUGUGUAAUAGUUAUCUAACAUUCAUGGAUAUGGAAAAGUGUCUCCCUCUCUUCUCUAUUUGAAAUUUCUGAUCGCGUCACUGAGAGACGUCAAAAAGAUUGCUGCAGCCUGUAAAAAAUGUUCCGAUUCUGAGCUCUUACCGAGGCUGUACAAUCAGUUUGUCGAUCCAUUCGCUAUUUACCCCCUUGAGUUCGAAGUCAUGAUGUUAGGCUCGCGUUAACACGUCUUAGAGUACCCACACAGUCUAUGAACAAUCUAGAAACACACACCCUACUAACCUUCUCAUUUGUCGAAAUAUUGGGUUGUCUAGAAAGUUCGUGCCAAUUUUUAAGAAAAAUUCAAAGACGUUUGAAUUUUGAUAUAAAUUUAUUGUAUUACACAACCUUUCCACCUUUUAACACCUUGAUUGCCAAACAAAUAUUCUUGACAAUUUCUACAAGAAUUGAAUAUUAUUUAGAUUAUUGGAGACUACAUAAUCAAACAUUUAUCGUGGUAUUUAUUUUUGUAACUUCAUCAAAAUUCAUGAAUUUUAUGUAAAUUCCUUUGUUGCUCAACUUUCAGAAUUAUUUCUUUGCGUGCUUCAAGUUUGUACACUUGUUAUUUGUUUUCAACCAUUCCGAUAUAUUCAGACCUGCACGACCUACCUAAAAUCGGCAUGGACUUUCCAGACAAACCAAUACUUUCUACCAUACGCCCAGCUGGGAAAAUAUUCAAAAAAAGUCAUUCACCCUCUAACACCGUACAUGAGCCUAAUCAUCAUAAUUUGCUCGAACUAGGCGUCGAAUUGAUGCUGGAACGAUCAUUCCGCGCGUCUUACGUGCGCAACCUUUUCCAAUCGAAGGGCGGGCGUCGCGUCGUCGAGCGUCGCGUCGCGCCGUGUAUAGUUGUACGUUUAUUCAUGGUGCCUCCGUUUCCUUUAUCGCGAAUGGAGAAUACAUCUUACAGUUACUCGCAACUCACAAUUAACGCUUUAGUGCUCGUCCGCUCGUCGAUCGUGGCGCUGCGCAGGUGCAAUUGCACGGGUGCACGUGCGCCUCGUCACGAACCGCACUUUGUAGAUAAAGCCCUCUGGUUCGUUUCGCUGAAUACACACGACGGAACCAUUAAAACACGAAAUACUCGAUCGCGACGACCCGCGCAGCCAUCGAGCACAAGAACUAACGAGCAAACGUUUCACCAUUUAAUUGUCACCGAAGUUGGGCAAAAUUUCAUUCGAUCAAGCACUACGAUAAGCUUUCGUUCGUUCAAUGUGAGACACCAUUUCCAUAAUUGAAUCUUUGGGUUCUAUUCAGUCAAUAGCGACUAAAACAUUCUAAUUCAGAUUCAAUCUACUACAGAACGAAUGAACGCCCCGGAAUCUCACCUGACCAACUCUUGUACAUCCUUUAAUAGUAAUCACUUUAAAAAAUCAAACAAUUUACACUAAAUUAAAUUUCACAGAGUGUAUCAGCUCCGUCAUCAAGUCAACAUACAAAAUGUUUAAUUCGUAUCAGAAUUUUGCCCAUCUCGGAUUUGAACACGUCUCAGUUCCAUCACUAUUCGUCACGUGGAAUGAAACGUUUCUAUUGUUGCACGGUUCGCUUCGAAACCCGCCCCGCAAUUUAUUUCGCGUAACCUGCGAGGCGAGACAGGAAUCCGUUCGACAGCCAGGAACGUUCUCCCCUAUGCCGUCGAAGAUGAACCUUUAAUUGUCGGUUAGGCGAGAUUUUGGUGGAUGAUUUCGAGGAUUGUUGAGAGUCUGCAUGUUAAUUGGACAGGCUCGAAGGGUGGGUUAUCUGGAACGUUGAGGUACGUUCUCGUUGGGAGUAGCUGUCGCAGUAGAACGUACCUGUCGUUAGUCAGACGUUCCUCUAAAGUCGAUCGAUAUUUAAUUUUUAAGAAUUUGCUCGCUCGAACGACGAACAUUAAAUCGUCAACUGCGCCAACGUUCGAUUUAACCGAUGUCCUUUAACAUCCCUUCAUUAUGCAUAACAUGGUUGUAAAUCUACGUUCGUUUUUUCUUAAUUUAUUUAAUUAUCUUUGAUAAAGAUGUACAGACGUGCCUUUUAGUAUACCCGUACCGCGAGAAAUUCAUUGUACGAGCAAUCGUUCGUCGAACUUUAUCGGAUAUUCGUCUACUGGUUCCGUUUCUUGAACGUUUUUAUCGUCGGUACAACGAGAAAACUUGCUCGUACACGAUCCGACUGUUCGUUGUUGGAAUUCGAACAUCUUUUGUAUACUUAUUUAUGUAACGAAACGCUUAAGAGUUUCAACAGUUAUUAUGUGCACAUGAGGAUGAGUUUUCGUGUUUUUGUACAGGUAGUAUUUAAGCGAGUAAUUCGCGUAUACUCCGUUAUCAGAUAAAAAUGUACAUUUAAUAAUAAAUUUGUUUUUAAAAGCUCGACUAUCUUUUCAGUUCUGAUUAAAAUGAUCUGCCUUUCCCGGUAUCUUAGUAAAAUUAUUUAUAUGUAUCCCACAUAUAUAAAAAAUUAUCACAUUUAUUAAUUUAUUUCACACAUCAUUUAUCCUACUAGUAUCAGAAGUGAAUCCCAAAAAUUUAAUAAGUUGAUUUAUAUUUCAAUAACAGAGAAGGAAUCUUAAAAUUUUUAAACAAAUUUACUUCUUAAUAUUGUCAAGUUUUAGCGUCUUGGAACGAGUUAUCUUGAAACGUAGUUCGUGUUUUUAAUUAUAGUUUGCCGCGUUGCGGCCUUGCAUACAUAAGUCAGCCUUGGUAAAGUAUUCAGCACAACGAGACGAACGAUACGCGUGUCUCCUUACGUGAUACAACGUAUUCAUGAAUGUUGCGUACCGUCAGGGUCGCAUACUUUUACUCACAAUUUGAUCCCACUAACAAGUGGAGAUUUAAUUAUUCAAUAACAGUCCACCUAAUUUUUCUAUUAGGGCGAACAGAACGUAAUGUCGUCUUUGCGAAUGUCAAUACUAGUUUAUCAUUUAUCAGCUCACUCUCUAGCAAUUAAUUUUUAUCGAUCUGGCAUUAAAAAAUUGUGCACUAAACAGCAAAAGGUUGUUGGUAACGAGGGCGAUUACAGAAUUGAUUAAAAG